GUAGGUAAGAUGACCUGUAUAGCUGAGAAUAUAAGGCUGCUCUUCACACACAACUCAUCGCAGACUUUCUGACAGUGUCAUGGCUGCUUCUGGACUUCGCACUGUGUUUGCUCUCCUGCUGGCUCUGGCCCUGACAGAUGCCAUUCCUAGAUAUCGGCGAGCUUCGUCGCUUUCCUUGUCCACCUCAUCCUUCGGAGCCUCGCUGUACAAACGUCUGGCUUCCGGUAACCAUGACAACAUCAUCUACUCCCCACUCAGCGUGUAUACGGCCUUGACUAUGACUUUGCUGGGCGCAGGAGGGGUCACGGAGACGGAACUGAUGACGACAUUAGCCGUGCAGCCUGGACAGAACGUCCACAGUGACAUUCACACCCUCAUGACCUCAAUGACCACCAAUGACCCCGCUGCUAACCUGACAUUACGCAUGGCCAACGCCCUGUACUAUGACGCGGCCAAGAUCGCGAUUUCAGACAGCUUCGCCGCCAGUAUGAGCCGUUACUACGGGACAGGGUUACAACCCUUCCAGAGACCCAACCCAGAGCAGGCCAUCAACACGUGGGUGGAGGAGGUGACACAACACGCCAUCACCAACUUCCUGCAGCCUGGUGCCAUCAACGAUGAUACCGUGCUCGCGCUUUUAAACGCUUUGUUCUUUGAGGCUUCAUGGCUAUCUACAUUCGAGCCGCUGCACACCCGGAAUGCCAGCUUCACUACAAUCUCAGGUGCUGUCAAGCAGGUGCCCUUGAUGUCCAAGACUGAUUCUUUCUCUGUGAAGAACGUUCCGGAACUGGACGCGCGCGUUCUGGAACUUCCGUACAAGGGAGGUGACUACAGCCUUUUUAUUAUUUUGCCCAACACCAAGACCGGCCUAACGGCCAUGGAGAACAAGUUGACAGGUCAGAUCCUGGAAAGUAUCUUCAAGUCCAUGCCUGACGAAGACUUAUUUGAAGUGUUUGUGCCAAAGUUCAAUUUGCGUAACAAUCAACGCUUGAACGAACCAUUGAAGUCCCUGGGGCUCCAUGACAUGUUUGAUGUCGUGAAGGCCAACUUAUCCGCCAUGGAGCGUGGUGGUCUUGGACUCUACGUCCAGAUGGUCCUUCACGAGGCCAUGAUCGAGGUCACGGAAACCGGAACAAAGGCGGCAGCUGCAACGGCUGUGUUAAUCGGAGAAAAGUCCGCACUCAUCCCGCCACAGAUGGAAGAGUUCAAAGCUGACCACGCCUUCAUGUUCGUGCUUCGAGAUAAGGUCAACGGGGUCAACCUCUUCAUGGGCCGCGUCGCUGACCCACCACCCGGCCAGUAGGAAUCGCUACCCGUGCUGUCAGAUAAUUCGUGAUUAUUGCUGCUGUGUGAUGUAGUUUUGAAGUUACGAUUCAGAUAUUUCAUGGAAAUUUAAUUAAUAAUGCUUCUACUGAACCUUUAGCCUCUGAUAAUAUUUUAGUCUUCAAUAAAAGAUGGCGAAAGGA